AUGUCUCAACGUGGUGGUUUCGCCCACUGGCUCGUAGCUCUUUCGUGUCUUCUUGCCGCGGUCCGGAUGUUGGGGCGAGGGGCAAAAUACCUAUCCAACUGGUGUCGCCGAGCUCGAACACUGAACCUCGAAUCUCGGCGACGCAUCGGCGGCCAGGCGUUUAGUCUCCUCCUUGACACGGGCUCCUCUGACCUGUGGGUCGUGUCCUCUGACUGCAUAUCAGAAGAGUGCGCAGGGGUCCGAAAAUACAACAGGACUUCUUCCCUGACAUUGACCGACCAGCCCUUCCAUCUCGACUAUCUUGCCGGAAACGUGACUGGCCUCGUUGGCGCUGACACCGCCAGGCUCGGAGACUUCGAGGUUUCGGAACAGACGUUCGCCAUGGCCAAUUCCACAAACGGCCUAGGGCUCUCUGAUACCGGAAACAGUGGCAUCUUGGGUUUGGCGUUUCCUGCCGAAGCCUCCAUUCCUGACACGAUUGGCCGAACAAUAGCGGACAAUCUGUUCUCAGGACUGAAUGAUGACUCCCAGGUCGCGCGUCAGGGGCGCCCAUCGCCUAUCGCCGUCCUCGACACGGGCACGACGCUCAUCCUCGGGCCGACGGCCGACGUCGCGCGCUUUUGGGCGUCGGUCGGCGGGGCGAGGCAGUCCGAGCGCGGGUGGGAAAUCCCCUGCACGCGCGGGGUGUCCGUCUCGUUCGCCCUGGGCGAGGGCGACCAGCAGACGGCGUACGCCGUCGACCCUGCGGACAUGUCCUGGGCGGCAGAAGGUUCCGUCGACCUCGGCGACUGGUGUCUGGGCGGUGUGCAAGCGAACGACGGGGUGAAUUUCGCCGCGGACUGGCUCCUGGGGGACACGUUCUUGCGGAACGUGUACGCCACGCACCACGUCGCGACGGGCUCGCGGCCGCCCGCCAUCGGGCUUCGCGGCCUGACCGACCCUCCUGCCGCCCAGGCGGCGUUCGUGGCGCGUCGGGGCGCGGAUCCCCUGCCCCCCUCGCGGGUCGUCUUGCCCCCGCCGGCGGACCGUGCGCUCACGGGCGGGGACAUCUGUGGCAUCGCGACAGCUUGCGGGGUCGUGGCGGGUGCGGUGAUCGUCGUUUUGUUCAUGGCGCGGAAGGGGAGGCGGAGGAGCGGGGACUAG